CCUCUAUAGGAAAAAAGAGUCGAUGCAUGUCCCAAGGAAGUUUCGUGGAGGUUGUAGAAGAAUAUCUUACUAUCACCUUAAAUUAAGAUAUGUUUUAUUAAGACCAAAUUUUACAUUGUCCCAUCUAAUUCUAUAAAAUCCAUGCCGUGCCGACCAAAUGGAGUAGUAGUCAUUGUCUUCGACCCAUCUUACAUUGUAUAUACACAUUUCUUUACUUAGCUAACAGCUUCUUCAUAUUGACACACACAUAUCGGAAAGUUUAUCAAAGAUGGGAGUGGAAGGCACCAUUGAAUACAUCUCCGAUUUGCUUAGCAGCAUGAAGAAAAAAAGAAGAGAAGCAAACUCAAACCGUAGCUCUCAAAUCAGGAUGGAUUGUGAAGGUUGUGCACGUAAGGUGAAGAAGGUCCUCUCCGGCGUAAAGGGGGCGAAGUCAGUGGACGUGGACUUGAAGCAACAGAAGGCAACCGUUACGGGUUACGUGGAGGCGAAGAAAGUGCUGGCAGCGGCACAGUCAACGAAGAAGAAGGUGGAGUUGUGGCCUUAUGUGCCAUACACUUUGGUGGCCAAUCCUUACGUGGCUCAAGCUUAUGACAAGAAAGCACCGCCCAAUCAUGUAAGGAAGGUUCCUGAUACGGCCACUUUGACUGAGACCACCGUGGACGACCGCUAUAUCAUCAUGUUCAGCGAUGAAAAUCCUAAUGCUUGCUCCAUCAUGUAAAAAAAAACGAUAGCAGUAGUAAAAAGGAUUUGUAAAGUUUAAAUUUGUUCCGUAGCAAUAAUAUUGAGAAAUGUUUAUGGUAAGAUGCGAGCAAAUGGGAACCGUGUGGGCCGUUAUUCCACAAUUAUGUAUUUGAUGUAUAUAGUAUUGCUCUAUAUUUGUCC